AUGUGGAGCUCCGGACGCGGCUCCGGCAGCAGAUCCGGCGACAGAAGCGACCCGGUGCGCGAGCAGCGCGUCCGGUCGGACGGCGCGAGGAAGCGCGGAGCCCGGAAGUGGACCAACCGCGGCCUGUCACCGCCGGCGAGCUUCCGCGUCCUUCUCCUCCGCGGCGAGAUCUUUAGGGAGUGGUCGGAGGAUGAGGAGGAGCCGAACGGGUUGAAAUUCGUCCCCGUCAAGGAGGAGCCCGCUCCGCUCGGCAGCCGCGGAGUCGUCGGGCCGGAAGACUACGUUGCCGUUGCGGCCGCCAUCGCCGAGCGGAGCGUGCGCGAGGAGGCGGAACACCGACGCCAUGCCGAGGAGCUCGAAGACCUCCAGUGGCGGCAGGCGGUCGCCGCCAACCUCGCCGCCAAGGAGAAGGACGAGGAGUGGCGCCGCAUCCGCGAGGAGCAGAGGGCGAAGUGGUUGAACUCUGAUGAAACAUCAAACCAGAUGGAAGACGGAGAUAUCUAUGAUUGCAUCGAUGUAAAUCUACAACCGGCUUUUAACCACCCGUUGUUGAAAGACCACACAAUUCAGAUGGAACCAACUUCUUUUCCGAUUGGACUAAACAUAAAGUCUUCGUUCCCACAUGUCGUUUCACAAGCGCAUUUGUCUAUCAUCGAAUGCCCAAGAGGAAUGGUUCCAAUACUACGUAAUGGUAGAAGGGAUCAAAUAUCAGCACACUUUAUAGAUCAAGCGAUUAACAAGGAUGCACAACUCGAGGAGGCAGGGAUGAAAUAUUUUGAUGAUUUAUAUGGGGUACAAGCUACAAUAAAUGUUUAUGAGCCAAAGGUGAAGAAGGAUAGCGGGGAUCUUAGUCAAACAGGGAUCCAAAUUGAUAACGGACCAAAGGGUCAUAUGGACAGUAUAAAUGCUUGUUAUUCAGUAUCUCCAAGCUUCUAUGGCGAUACUUUUGCGAGGUUUCAUGUUGGUUGGCGUGAUGGUGUACAAAACAAGUCAUGCAUUGAUCAUGAUUGCCCUGGUUUCGUUCAAGUUAGCCACAAUGUUGGCCUUGGAGGAAGAGUAAAACCUGUUUCAGUUUACAAUGGUCCACAAUAUGUGAUACACAUUCUUAUUUUCAAGGACCCAAAGACACAUAAUUGGUGGUUGGCGUAUGGUAAAGACAAAACACCAGUUGGAUAUUGGCCAAGUUCAUUAUUCACUAGCCUUAAGGAUAAAGGGAACUUUUCAUACACGGGUGGGCGCGCUUCAGGACCGACAGCUUCAUCAGACUCUCCACAAAUUGGCAGUGGGCAUUUUGCCUCCGAAGGCUAUGGAAAAGCGGCUUUUAUAAAAGACAUCCAAAUUAUUGAUAACAACAACAAGCUUGUAACACCAAAUGAAGAGAAAGCGAUUAGUGGCAGUAGUGAUUUAAGGAAAUAUACCAUCGGCAAUUAUGGAGUUGACGACCAUGGUGUGCAUAUGUACUAUGGUGGGCCGGGUAAUUUUGUCUAAGAAUGUACCCUACAAACUACAAUAAAGUUGUCAUUA